UCUUCAUACGACUGCCAUCUUAGUACAUCAAACUCUAUGAAUCUCACAGAAAGACUUUUUGAUCAAAACAAGGUUUUGACAAUUUGAUUAUCAACACAGUAGUGAAUAAAAAUGACGAGAAAUAUGGAAGAUUUGCAAAAAUUGGAGGAAGAAGCGAUGGCUAGAGGCACGAAGUAUGUCACGAACCUUUUGCAGCGGCCGGGUCAGCUGGAAAAGAUCGACAUGUACAAGCGUAGAAUCAGUAGGAAAAAGGCAUCUGUCGAGACUAUGCUGAAAACUGCGAUGCAAAGUCAACUGGACGGAGUCAGAGUCGGCUUCGAGCAACUGCAAAGUUCUCUGGAAAGUAUUGCCGCUAUCAAAGAUGAUUUGGAUCAUAUUAACCAACAGUUCAGUUCUGUUCUAAAGCUCAGUUCUAGACUGCAAGCAGUGCAGGAGGAGAACAUGCGUCAUUCCCAGUAUGUCAUCGCGAAAGAGAACUUGAAGCACAUAUUCACCGUUCCCGAGAGUGUCGAGAAGACAAAGCAGUGGAUAAACGAAGGUAAACUACUGCACGCGCAUCAGAGCCUGAUGGAUCUUGAAAGUUCCAGAGACGAAUUAUUGUAUGAGCUUCAUAAACUACCAAAUCAAUCACCAGCGGACACUAUUAUGUUGAAGGCUUAUUUUGAAGAUGUAGAAAUGCUUUCUCAGCUUAUGGAGAAACAGAUAAGGCUAGUACUUAGUCGUACUUUAAAUACAGUCAGGAAGGAACCUACUGUUAUAGUGACACCUCUGAGAAUCAUAGAGAGGGAAGAAAAAGCGGAUCAAUUUGCUAUUCAAAGACACAAGCAAAGUGGAUUUAUGGCACCAGGCAGACCUAAGAAGUGGAAAGAAAUGGCAAUGAAAGUAUUAGAAAAGUCUGUAGCCAACAGGAUUGAAGGGACUCAAGUUGACGAGAGAGCUGAUAACAAAAUGUGGCUAGUGAGAUACUUGGAACUCACAAGACUCUUGAUUCUUGAAGAUUUGAGGGUAGUAAAGACUUUAUGUAAGCCUUGUUUUCCACCUUCCUACGACAUAGUGAAUACUUUUGUUAAAAUGUAUCACACCAGCCUAUCCCAACAUUUAAAGGACAUAAUUGUCAGUGGAUUGGAAGGAAACGAAUAUGUUUCUUUAUUGGCGUGGAUUAUGAAUACUUACACUGGAUCAGAAUUGAUGCAGCAUUCUGAAUUAAAUAUUGACACAUCCGACAUUGGCCCAUUACUCAGUCCUGAGAUGAUAAAUGAUCUGCAGGAGAAAUAUUUGCGGAAUAUGUGUCAAAAUUAUGAAGACUGGAUGAGGAAGACAUUGGAAACAGAGAAACUCGAUUGGAGGAGUGGCAUCUUGCCUGAAAGCGGCACUCAAGAACUUUACUAUCACACUGCAGCACCAGUAAUUAUAUUCCAGAUGAUUGACCAAAAUCUUCAAGUUACAAAAACCAUCAGUACUGAUCUGACUGCUCAAGCAUUGGUUCUCUGUAUCGAGCAAGUAAUUAAGUACGGAGCUAUGUACAGACAAGCAAUAUUGGAAUUCAAAACAAGGCAUUUUGAGGACAGGAGUCAAGUACCUUACUUCACUCAACAUAUGAUCACGAUAGUUAAUAAUUGUUUACAGUUCACGGAGUUAGCACAGCAGAUGAAACAACUUUACUGGGUGCCCAAUACCACUGGAGAUGCCACUAUAAAAUUUGAGAAUCUCUUAGUGAAUUAUCAGCAAUUGAGAAAUGAAGCCGCGACCAUUCUGUUACAAGAAUCAUUUUUGGAUCUCGAAUUGCACUUCCAAGACUUAAUCACACCUAAGUGGCUGUCGUCGCCUAUUCCGGUGGAAACCAUCUGCGUCACCCUAGAAGAUUAUUUUCAGGAUUACAAUCAUCUGAGUCCCAAGAACUUUGAAUAUGUCAUUACUGAAGCGCAAAAUCUAAUCGCGAAACGCUACAUAUCCGCAAUGUUACAGAGAAAGAUAUCAUUGAAAACUUAUGACGAGUGCUUGACAUGUACAUCAAAGAUAAUGACGGAAGCGGACAAAUUGAAGAACUUUUUCGACAGAAUUGCACCAAAGGUUGGAAAUUUCAAUUCACCAUUUGAGAUAAUAAAACGUCUCGCCGAGGUACUGAGAUGCGAAGACGCAGAGAUUCUCUCCCUUGAUCUACAUUCCUUGGUCGAAAAGUAUCCCGACAUGACUGAGGAUCAUCUGAUCAGACUUCUCGGCCUGAGGGGUGACAUUUCAAGAGCGGAAGCUCGAGGCAAGGUCUCUUAUAUCAUAGAAGCUCAGCGAAAUCGAAAGCCUAUGCAAUCUAUGUCAAAUAGUAUAUUUAAGCAGAUAGUUAUACAGGACAGUUUUCUUGGUUGGAAGCCUUGAGAGUGGAAAAAAAACCUUUAUGAAGUAAAAAUAUGGAACACAAAUGGCUUCUCAAUGUAAUAUUAAACUGUUCUUCCAAAUCAUACAGAUAUUAUUUUGAAUAUAGAAUAUAUAUAUAUAUAAAGAGGCAGAAAAGAUGUAAUAAUAUAUUUGUAUCGCUGUACCAAAUUGCUAAUAUUCAAUGUAGUUGUAUCAUUAAUUUUGCAGUUUAUAGAAAUGUGAAAAUUUAUUUAUAAAUCGCAGUUAUAGGAAAUAUUAAACA